AUUCUUUCCGAUUCCUGAUUCUUUCAUAAAUAGAUUUACAUCAGCAGCAGGAUAAUCGCACGUAUAAGGUAAAUCUUAGAGAUAUGGCAGCCGAAAUAAACGGUAGCAGUAAUGCAGCAAUCACAGACGAGAUCGAUGCGUGUGACGACGGAGAGGCGCCCCCGGACGAGGUCGAUGCGUGUGACGACGGAGAGGCGCCCGCGGACGAGGCGCGCCCGCAGCUGUCGGCGGCGCAGCGCGCGCGCAUCGAGCGCAACCGGCUGCGCGCGCGCGCCCUGCAGGACGCCCGCCUCGUGCGUCGCCCGCCCAAGACUGGAAUCGAAGUCGAGGAAAACGUCAAAACCUUGACGGUGGGAGGCACGCGCCUGGUAGAUUCGGGCGGCGGGUUCUUGCUGGAGGAGGCCGAGGCGCCGCCGCCGCCGAGAGUCGCGCGCGACGCACCGGUCGUCGAUCCCUCCGAACGUCCCACGUGCAUGGACUGCGAGCGGACCUUCCCGCAGUCCUACCUCUUCGACACCUUCGGCUACGGCGUCUGCGACUCGUGCAGGGACGAGGACGGCGCGCACUCGCUGCUGACGCGCACGGAGGCCAAGAGCGAGUUCCGGCUCAAGGACUGCGACCUGGACCUGCGGCCGCCGCCGCUGCGCUGCGUGCGGCGCCGCAACCCGCACCGCGGCGCGCGCAGCGACAUGCGCCUGUACCUGCGCGCGCAGGUGGAGGCGCGCGCGCGCGAGGUGUGGGGCUCGGAGGAGGCGCUGGAGCGGGAGCGGGAGCGGCGCACGGCGGCGCGGGCGCGCGCGGGCCAGAAGGCGGCGGCGCGGCGGCUGCGCGCGCUGCGCAUGGACACGCGCUCGAGCCUGUUCGACCGCGCGCACGCGGCGCACGCGCACCGCUUCGGGCCCGAGCGGCACGACGCCGCCGCGGACGAGUACGCGCGCACCUGCCUCGACUGCGGCCACGUCGAGACCUACGAGAAGAUGUAGCCUUCGCCGCGGACUGCUAUAAUGCCGAAUCAAGCUGCGACUUUGGCUCCGCUUAACCCCACAAAGUGUAGUGAUAAAAAAUGCUUUUAAGAUUAAGUUGCAUGUAUUUAUUUUAUAAUCUGUCUGUGUACAUAUUUCAUGUUUUAGUCCUAAAAGAAAGCUAAAAAUAAGAACAUGAAUAAUAAAUAAAUAAUUGAAAAGCAAAACUGACUUAAGUAUUUACCUAAAGGUCCUAAAGGCUGAUUUACAUGUAUUAUGUAGUUAGGUAAUUCAAUUAGCUCAGUAAGACUAGGCGCAGACCACCGAUUUUUAGUUGGCCGAUAGUUGAGCCCGAUUUUAAUUUGUAUGAAAUCAAAUCGACGUAAUGUGCGCACUUUCCAUCCUUCCUUUACAUGCCCAUACUGAUCAACUGCCCGACUAAACUAUCGGCCGAUGAAAAAUCGAUGGUCUGCGCCUAGUCUUACUGAGCUAAUUUACCUAACUACCUACAUAAUAAUAAUAUUUGACAGGUUGUCUUCUGUAUUAUUAUUUAUGAUUCAAAUGCACCAACAUGAUGCAAUAAACAUUUGACUAUGAAAUCAGCUUAAGAUACAUUAUAUAUUUUUUCCCGUAUAUAAAAAUCGCAUCGCACUAAAUAAUUUAAUUUACACGUGUUUUCACAUGCGGUGGCCAAGUCAAUAUAUUUAUAUAAAACGUUAAAGAUAAGACUGAAUUGCUUAAGUAGACUGAAUAAAUUAAUAACCGACUUGGUAUUACAUGGAUCUCACAACUUUUUACCGUACAACAACUGAGUUGCGAGACUUGGUUUUUUUGACAAGUAUUGUUUUUGAUGGGAUUGUUAUGACGGCUAUUAGCAGUUCACUGUCCAGGGCCUCGAUAACGCUAAAAAUUUUAUCUUCAACGUGCCCGGACGACGAACGAACAUCAGCUGUUUAGACAAAUCCGUAUCACGGUGUCGUUUAGACAGCUAGUUGAAACGAAGCAUAGACGUAAACGUUAUGCUAAAUAUCUCAUGUGACAAUGAAAAUACUAGGAAGGUACUUCCAUUACCCGGUAUUACGGUAAUGAUUACCGUAAUACCGAAUUUGCACCUAAGCUGAAAUGAAAAACGGAGCGAAACUGGAGAAGAAGCGCGUAUGUAUUGGAGACGUUAAAAAUUAGCGUAGUCGGGGCACAGGUUCCGAAUCGACAUCAGCAGGCGUAGUGUGAGUUUACGUCAAACUCAUUUGAUGUCGACUGCGUAAAAAGUGAAAUUAAAUAAA